GUGGGGCCGGGGGCGCGCGGUCCCUUCCUUUGGAAUUCCGUAAGCAUGGGGCCGUCGAAUGGAGAUGAGAAGGAGGAGAGCGUAAUCCUGAUCAGCGAUGAUGAAGCCGAAAACACGCUUGGGAAUUCUGUUGUGUUAGUAGAUCCACGGGAGAAGACCGUGGUGGAAGAGGAGAAAUCUGGCGAGGUUGUGGAUGAAGAAUGUGAACUAAUGGUUACUUUCUGUAAACAAGCCAAAGUUAUGCCUCAUGCAAGAUACGACUGUACAGUGCAUCCAUUUGAGCGAAUGGAAUGUGAUACGUGUUCACCACUUGGAAAAAAUGCUGAUAUUUGUAAUGAGUGUUACUGCUACAUUUGUGAUAAGCUAGCUUCUGAGUGCCAGAACUGGACGACCCCUUCCCUGUGUCAUUGCAAUGCACAUAACAAAAGCAAGUUCUGGAAGGACCAGCGAGAUUUUGCCUUGGCCGGUGUUCUUGUAAUGUUCAAUUUGGAGCUCACAGACAUAGACGCAGACCUCCAGCGCGGUGGAAGUCUUCUAAUAAAAUUUAUCCAAGAACUUUCUGUGGAGUAUAAUAAGUAUUUGACUGGAGAAAGAAUGCCCCCCAAACAACACGAAUGCUUUUGUUUUCCAAAACUGCCACCUGGGCAAUGCAGUAUCUGCAAAUCUCGCCAUAUGGAGGUUGUAUACAAGUAUUCUGGAGUUUUUGCACUGGUAACGAGGUUUUUGAAUCAGGCAGAAAGAGAAAAUCCUAAAGCUGCUGCUGUCAUGUUUCUGGGAGCAGCUAAAGAGAUAGCACUUCAUAAAGACCCUGCUUUGAACUGGCAGAACCUUGGUCAGACUGCUUCACUAAAGAUUGCUGUUCCUUGUCUGCUGCAAAGGAUCACAACGCAACUGCAAAGGAUGCUGGUGUUAUGCGACUUCCCCAAAAGCUUGUAUGAAAAGUUUGUUAACUUUUUUCAGUCCAUAUCACUGCCGUGUCACUGUUUUGGCUUCUCAAAUAGCUUAAAUGUUGUACCAUGGGACCAUGGAUUACUGACCACUGUUUUAAAAGGCCAGAACAUUACUGGUCAAAGAACACAGAAAGGAAGAAAAGUAUUUCUGUGGGAAACACUCCCUGUUAUACAGGCUCGAGUGGAGAAAUUGAUAGACAAAACAAACUACAAAGAAGUCGUUCGCUACCUGAGGGCAGUGAAAUGCAAUGAUAGCCAAGGGUUAAGAGACCUUAGAGAUAAAAUCCCGUUCUACUUGUGUAAAACUGGGGACUUCCUCGAUGCUGCACAUUCCCUGCUGUUCCCGGUCAACAGCCUCGCGUGCUGCACUGCGUGCCGGAUAACGCCGCUGCAAUUCGAAAUCUACCUGAAGAUGUUCAGAACAGGCAGCGUCCCCAGCGGGAAGGAUUUUCAAGACUCUGGGUCCUGGGUUACGAUUGGGCCUCCUUUAAAAGAUGGUGUUCUGAUUAGGCAGGCACUCAAACUGCUUUACAGCAAUCUCUUGCUAUACAGAAAUCCCAAAUGCUGGAGUUCUCUCAUCAUGGUUUUGGGCAGUAGUUGUUUGCUGGGAAAAAACGGAUACCUACAUCCCAUGUCACUGAAGGAGCCACCACUUGAAUUCCAAGAGGAGGUGCUGGCUGCCAGUAGUGGUCUUCUGGAUGAACUGAAGGCAAAAGUUAAUAUUUCUUUACCAUCUGCCAUUUUCUCUCCUCAGUUGCACCGUGAGGCUUGCCUUAUCCUUGCAGUGCGGGCAGUACAGCAGAUGGUUUUCUGUGAGCUUCCAUACUUGACUUCCUUCCUAGAGAUUGCCCUGGCAUUUGGGAAUAACUUUUGGGGUCUGAGACUAUUAUUAGACCAUCUUUCCUAUGAAGAACAUCUCCUCCAUGGCAUUGUCAACUUGAUAUUGCGAGAUCUGAAUUCUCGAAAAGCAACGAUGCUGAAACUGUGGCAAAACCUUGGUCCUCAGUAUGUGGGUGAAUUCCUGUGCUUGUUCCUGACUUGCAGGCAUAAGAAAAUGCAAUCCAUUGGCCUGUUUGCUCUGAGUAUUAUAACAGAGAACCUGCACAUGUGUCCGUGGGCAAAGCACCUUUGCACCUUUUUUCACAAUGCAGGAUUAAGACACCUGCCUCUUGGCACCACAGCUCACCAUGAAGUCUCCAAGUUCAUAAACAUUUUGGAAAAAAUGUAAUUUAGCAAAAUUCUUAAGGACUUCCAGUUUGUCUUAAUCUAAAUAUCUUCCUAGAUCCCCUUGUGUUUUGCCUGGGUUGUCAUCUGUUCCUUGGAAUACAUUCAGCUGAAGAAUUGACUUCAAAACUAAAAUCCUCAGUUUAGGUGAAGAGUGGCUGUAUUGCAGCAAACAUAUUGCUGAAAUUUCUUUCAGAUCCAGGUAUUAUGCAGUUGUUUAAGAGUUAGAGGUCAUAAAUCUAAGCAAACGGAGUGUGCAGCCAGGUGCUUUUUGGGAGGGCGGAGCAGGGACACGUGGAAGCAGCACAGCUCCCUGCGGCUGCCCUGUUGCCCAGAUGGGGUCCUGGGCAAGCUCUGCAGCAGAGCAGCUGCUGAGGAACUACAUGUUUCCUGAGUACUGGAGACAGCAACAGCGUGUGUUGAAAGGCUGUUUGUGACCCUUCCUUUAUUGGAUAUAUAAUUAUAAAAUACAGUUGACUCAAGUGGCAUCUUUUUGUUGUUGGGUGUGAUUUUUUUUUUUAACCUGAAUAAAUCAGAUUCAGAAAGGCCUAAUGCAGUAAAUAGCUUGCUUUGUACAUAGAAAAUCUGCUUUUCUGAGGUUAUUCAACUGCGAGGUUUCUUUUGCUGCAGUGCUACAGCAGGUGACAGGCUGGUGUUGAUGCCCGUUUGGGUUGUUGACCAUCAUAAGGAUUCAACAGAUGAUUUUUAAGCUGUGGAUUUGGAAAUAGAGAUAUGUUUGUAGCCUGAUUAUGUUCUUUAGUUCUACUGUGAUUCCUGUCUGCAUUGUUCAGAUUGGGAGGGAAAAAAUACUAAUAUGUGAUGUACCUAUUUUGCACACUUCAGGCUUGCAGUGGC